CUGAGUCUUCGGCAGACACCCGGGAAAGCGGGGUCCUUCUCUGGGGCGGUCGCGCGGGCAGUGGCUCCCUGAAGUCGACACCGGGCAACAUGUAUUAUAAGUUUAGUAGCUUCACGCAGAAACUGACGGGAGCGUGGGCUUCCGACGCUUAUAACCCUCAGGGAUUAAGGCCUGUGGUUUCCACAGAAGCACCGCCUAUCAUAUUUGCCACACCAACUAAACUGAGUUCCAAUUCUACUGCAUAUGAUUAUGCUGGGAAAAAUAAAGUUCCAGAGCUGCAGAAGUUUUUCCAGAAAUCCGACGGUGUGCCCAUCCACCUGAAACGAGGCUUGCCUGACCAAAUGCUUUACCGGACAACCAUGGCGCUGACUGUGGGAGGGACCAUCUACUGCCUGAUCGCCCUCUACAUGGCAUCACAGCCCAGAAACAAAUGAGUUAGGCUGCAGAGGACUGGUUUGCUUUUUAGCAUAAAUCCUUUGAAUUUUCAUUUUUCAUUAUUUCUGUAAAAAAAAUUUUUUUUUAACUUGAAUGGCCUACUUAA